AUGACAGCCUCAACCACCACCAACAACAAUGACACUGGCAAUAGUGACUGCAGCAACAAAGGCAAGUACAAUGAAAUUUACCUCAAGGCAACUGUCAGCUGUGGAGAUAGGCCUGAGCUGUUCAUGGAUCUCAUUGAUGCCUUAAAAGGUUUAAAGAUGUUACGAACUAUAAGAACGGACAUAGUAACCUUAGGUGGUAGGAUCACUCUUAACAUAGUUUUGAUCAGUAUUGAAAAUCAAGAAAGUAGCAGUAACAUAAUUGGAUUGAAUUCACUAAAACAAUCACUUAGAGCUGUUUUGGGUAGAGUUAUUACUUCUUCUUCGUCGUCACAUUGGACAUCUACCAGCGGUUUCUCAAGCAAGAGGCAGAGACUUUUGUUCCCGCAACAUCACUCCGGUUUUCCUUGGUAA